CGUAGGUUAACUUUGUGCACACGGCAUAAGUAACGUUCAGUCUGCCUCUAGAAGUCGAUCGUGAUCGUGUGGCCCAGUCAGUUCCGCUCAAGCUCGAACCAACUCCAAUCUUGUGCCUCUCUGUCUGCCUGUGCCUGUGCCUGUGCCUGUCCAUCUAUCUGUCGUCUGUCGUCUGUCAUCUGUCAACUGUCGUCCGUCUUCCGUCGUUCGCUGUACUCCAUUUGUAUUCGUCCAAUAUAUUUUUUUCUAGUUUAAGACGUGCGCGCUUAUAAUUCUUUUUGUUGGUUUCAAAUAACUUGGACAAGUUCAAUCUUUGUACAAACACACACACACACACACACACACACAAACCAAGACAAAAUGAAGUACUUCAACAUCUGCCUGCUCUUCAUCAUCUGCGCCUUGUGCUAUGGCCUAGUGGCUGCCCAGGAGGAGGGCGGCUCCGGGUCCGUGUCGCCCGCCAAGAGAAUUGCCGCCCUCCGGCGUCCCGUUGGCAAGGCGGCCAAGCCGACCACCACAACGACAGCGGCCCCGGCCCAGAACGGCGAUGCCGGCGAGGGAGAGGAGUAUGACGAGGAGGCGGGUCUCGGUGACCAUGGCGAAGAGGGUGAUGAGGCGGCGGACUCCGCCAGCUCCACGACAACCACCAGCACAGAGGCGCCCAAGAAGGUGGGACCUGUCAUCCGGCCCUUCCGCUCCAACGACGACUUCCUCAACUCGCUGAAGCGCCGCCAGCAGAACGCCAAGAAGCACCGUGCCGAGAAGGUGCCCGCCAGCAAGCCGGCCAGGAAGAGCGACGAGUCCGCCUCGGGCGAGCAGGAGGAUCAGGCUCCAGCUGCGGCACCAGCACCGGCCUCGACCCCAUCCAAGGGUUUCAAGGGCAAUUCGGCAUUGAGCCGGCGCAAGCUUUCCAAGCCGGCCAAGGCGACGCCCGAGCAGGCAGUCGAUGAUGCCGCCGCCGAAGAAUCGGAACAGCAGCAGAAGGAGGAGGCCAAACCGAAGCGUCCCAUCGGUCGCCUGGCCUUGAGGAAGCGCAACUGAAAGGAUCGCUCCUGAUCCUCUCUCUUCCCUUUUCCUUCAACCAUGCCCCCGCCCGCCCCCGUCUCCACACUCCAUCAACACACCCA